GAUGUCUUUGUGUUUGAGAAGCCCAGUCACAGUGACAGCAUGGAGAGGGUACGCAGCGACUUUGCUAUGGAAACAGACACGGACGGACUGGUGGGUGUCCAAUCAGUACGAGGCCCCUCCCACCACCCCCCCAAUCCCCUCAACUUCUCCAGCAAGCUGGGCCACUGGAGCUCAGAGAUCAGGAACUCCAUGUCAGGUCUGCGUGUGGGUCGAGGAGGAGGAGAGAACAGACGCUCUGUCUUCUACACUGGGAGCAGUGGUGAUGAGUGGGAGAUGUUAGACGCUCCCUCAACCAAGGACAUCAACCAGGACCACAAACCUCCCACCCAGCCUCAGACUGACUCACACAGACACUCCAUUGGUUCUCCAUUCACAUUUGACUUCGGGCGGAGCAGCAGUUCCUCGUUGCGGCCCAAGCGGCCCACUCUGCGGGACAUAAUGGGUUCAGGGAGGUUAGGACGCAGCACAGAGAGCUCUUCCCCCUCUUCUCAGACCACACCCCCAGUGGAGUGUAACGGCAGCAGGACCAAUGAGCUGCAGCUCCGCCUCCAGAGCCAGGAACAGGAACUGACACGCCUCCACGAGGAGAACAACAACCUGACUGAGGAGUUAACCUCCCAGAAGGAGCUGGUCAGACUGCUUCAGCAGACCUUGAGGAGCACCCAGAGGGAGAUGCGACCAGCGCCACUAUUAACUCCAGUACCUGCCUCACCUCCAGCCCCAGGGUUCCCACAGUCGGACCUAGCCCAGAUGGAAGCCCUCCUCCUAGACAGGGAUGGUCAGGUCCAGGCCCUGUGCUGCCAGAUAGAGCGUCUAGCCCUGGAGAAGGAGAGUCUACAGAGGGAGCUGAAAGGACUGAAGGUCAAGGUUGGGGAGAUCAAUGAGCAGCUGAGCAUGCUGAUGGAGACCAUCCAGGCCAAAGACGAGGUCAUCAUUAAACUGUCCCAGACACCCCAGGGAGCAGACGGGACCACCCCCUGCUGCAGGACUGCAGCUCAGCUCCACCCCGCCAGCCAGCAACAGGAGAUAAACAACCUUAAGGACAGUGUUCAAGGCUAUAAAUCCCAGAACAAGUUCCUGAAUAAGGAGAUCCUGGAGCUGACUAUUCUACUAAGGAACGCUGAGGCCAGGGAGAGAUCUCUGGAGGUUAAGUAUGUGGCGUUGGAGGCUAAAGUGUGUCAGGUUGAGAGUAAGUACCUGGUGCUGCUUCAGGACCUGAAGAACCCAGUGUGUUCCUCUUCAGAACAGAGUCCUGCCAGGGAGGUCAUCUCUAGACUGUUGGAGGAUGCACUGAACAACACUGACCCUACGGGACACGCCGUCUUUAAGCCACACCCUGUCAGUGAGUACGAUGUGUUUGGCUUCAAAACAGUUCCAGAGGAGGAUGAUGAAGAGGAGAAGCUGGUAGCCAAGGUGAGAGCUCUGGACCUGCCCUCCCUGUCUCUGGUAACAGACCCUGAGGUGUCAGUGGGGGUGAAGUGGGAGAACUAUCUCUCUACUAUGAACAGAGACAUGGCGUGCUCCACGCAGGUACAGGGAUAGGAGAGGGCUCAUACACCUUAUAGCCCCAGGUCCAAGGUGUGGCGCUGGUGUGUGUCCUACCACACCAGGAAGUUCCGUGACAGCCUGGCUCCAAACUACUACGAGACCUUACUGGGUGUGGCCAGAGACAAGCCUAAUCCCGCCUCCAAACAGAUAGAGCUUGACCUGCUGAGGACCUUACCUAACAACAAACACUACUCCUCCCCCGGCGCCGACGGAAUACAGAAACUACGUAAUGUCCUGCUAGCCUUCUCCUGGAGGAACCCUGACAUAGGAUACUGCCAGGGACUCAACAGGCUGGCAGCCAUAGCUCUGCUGUACCUGGACCAGGAGGAUGCUUUCUGGUGUCUCAUCACUAUCGUGGAGGUCUUCAUGCCCCAGGACUACUACACCAAGACCCUGCUGGGAUCACAGGUGGACCAGCGUGUUUUUAAGGACCUGCUGAGUGAGAAGCUGCCCAGACUCCACGCCCACUUUGACCUCUACAAGGUUGACUCCUCCCUCAUUACCUUCAACUGGUUCCUGGUCCUCUUCGUAGACUCAGUGAACUCUGACCUCCUCUUCAAGAUCUGGGAUGCCUUCCUGUACGAGGGACCCAAGAUCAUCUUCCGCUUCGCCCUCGCUCUCUUCAAGUACAAGGAGGAAGAGUUUCUGAAGCUUCAGGACUCCAUGGCCAUCUUCAAGUACCUCCGCUAUUUCACCAUAACUAUCCUGGACUGGAGGAAGUUGAUGAGCAUAGCGUUUGUGGACAUGAAUCCGUUCCCCCUGAGACAGAUCCUUAACCGCAGGACCUUCCAUCUGGAGAAGGUUAGACUAGAGCUGACAGAGCUAGAGGCCAUCAGACAAACCUUCCUCAGAGAGAGAGACACACACACCGACGCAGGCGCGCUGUGUAGCGACGAUGAGGAGGACAACUAGCCAAUCACGGCCCAGGCCAAAUAGCACAUCAGUAGAGAGACUGACCACGGCCCCCGACGCACGCACGCACACAAGCUUUGUAGCAACAACUAGCACACAGCCUGUCAGGGUGCAGUACCUGCAGACUCCAGCCAAUCAGGAUCCAGGUCUGUGUGAUUCUAUCGUAUCACCUGCAGACUCCAGCCAAUCAGGGCCCUAGCCUGGCUAUCCCGCCCACCUUCAGACCAAACAGACGCUGUCAUGAGUAGUGACCAACCAUGAUGACCAGUGAUAUAUCCACAUACUCCCCACUCUCUGCUACGCUGGACCUGUCACCUCCAUGUUCUUUACAUACUGAACCCUGUG